AUGCCUUCCUACACCAAGUAUGCCGCUGCCGCCCUGGCUGUGGCGCUUCCUUUCUGCUCUGCGCAGACUUACACAAGCUGUAACCCGUUGAACAACACGUGCUCCGCUGAUACCGGUCUGGCGACGUACACCUUCUCGACUGAUUUCACUACCGGCAACUCUUCUCUGGCGAACUGGACCAUCACAGAUGGCACUAUCGAGUUCGGUUCUGAUGGCGCCGAGUUCAUCAUCGCUGAGAGAUACGAUGCACCCACCAUCGAGACUGACUUCUACUUCUUCUUCGGCGAGGUUGAGGUCAAGAUGAAGUCUGCUAACGGUACUGGUAUUGUCAGCAGCAUCGUCUUCCUCUCGGAUGAUCUCGAUGAAAUCGAUUGGGAAGCGCUGGGCGCCUACGAUGAUGAGAUUGAGACCAACUACUUCGGCAAGGACAACACCACUUCCUAUGACCGUGCUACGUACCCGAGUGUCACCACCCCUGCAGAGGAAUUCCACACCUACACCAUCAUCUGGACUGAGGAGAAGCUCGAGUGGUUGAUCGACGGCACGCUUGUCCGCACCCUGGAGUACGACUCUGCCGUGGAUGGCAGGAACUACCCUCAGACCCCGAUGCGCGUCAAGCUUGGUAUCUGGGCCGGCGGUGACCCGUCCGAGAGCGAGGGUACCAUCGAAUGGGCCGGUGGUGAGGUUGACUAUGACGACGUUCCCUUCACCAUGUACGUCGAGUCCGUCAAGAUCAUCAACUACAACCCCGCCGAGACCUACACCUACACUGGCCACACUGGUUCCUACGAGAGCAUUGUCCUCUCCAACAGCACUACCAACUCGACUGUCUCUUCCUCCAGCUCCUCCAACUCCAGCUCCUCCAGCAGCACCAGCUCUUCCAGCACCACCUCCACCUCUUCCAACUCCAGCUCCACCAGCAGCGUUGCCGUCAGUGCGGCCUCCAUGAGCAGCGUGUACCUUACUCCUGCUCUGGUCCUUGCCCUGGUUGCUGGCCUGAUGCAGCUGUAG